CAGACGGAGGCCAUCGUGUGGAAGCACGCGACCGAGAGCGAGCUGGCCAAGUUGGCGACGCGGCACUCGGUGGACGACUGCAAGAGUGCACUGGCGGAGAUCUUCGACUUGGACGCCUCGGAUGACAAGCAGGGCUUCUUGCUGGACUUCCACCUGCACAACUACUCAUAUCCUUCCUGUACUAUGCACUGCAUUUUUCUGCUGUAUCUUUUGUAG